AUGAGCAGCCCACGCCGUCGAAUUGAGACUGAUUUCUUUGUCCGAUUCAAGGGCCCGGCAGAAACUCCGUUUGAAGGAGGUCUAUGGAAAGUACAUGUCGAACUUCCCGAUACGUAUCCGUAUAAGUCCCCUAGUAUUGGCUUCGUGAAUCGCAUUUUCCACCCAAACAUCGAUGAGCUGUCCGGGUCUGUGUGUCUGGACGUCAUCAACCAGACAUGGUCCCCCAUGUUCGAUAUGAUCAACAUCUUCGAGGUCUUCCUGCCGCAGCUUCUUCGAUACCCGAACCCGACAGACCCUCUCAACGGCGAAGCAGCUGCUCUACUAAUUAGGGAGCCCAAGAGCUAUGAUGCAAAAGUUAAAGAAUACGUCCAAAAGUAUGCCAACAAGGAUGUCGUGGACGAGGCCGGUGCCGAGAGCGAAGAUGAGGACGAUAUGUCCUCGGUGGCGAGUUUCGACGACGAUGACGAGGAACCGGCUGGCCAGAUGGAUGACGUAUAG